UUGCGUACGUAAACUUCUGAAUGGAGCCUCUGAGGUUUCCACAGUGGGAAUCCACGCGAAGUUGUAGUAAACGUUCUGGAUGUGGUUAUGUUCGUAAUGGCUUGGUGAGUGGAAGGAUUAUCGUUAUGGUCUUCUGGUGAAGGGUCGACUCUUUCUGAGACAGUGACCUGCCCGUGGAUUUGCCAAUCCGAGAGGGACAACAGUGGCCCAUGUAUGGAAAAUGGCCGUCACAACAAACCGAGAGCGGUCCCUCGCACAUGGGAUAGCAAGCUUGUAUAGACACUGACUCAUGUAUUGUUUCUCAAUCAUGAGCGUAGUAUUCCGGGAAUAAGCUGUUCGGUAUACAAGGAUAAUCAAGCUAAUGAAGCUUGGUGAUUUUGAUUUCAGAAUGUUUUCCAGCAGUGAGAAAAGUUCGGACUUGUGAAGUAAACAGUUUGUUUAUGCGAGUUACCAACACCACGAAGCAAAAGAAAUCACCGAUGUGCGUAUCACUUAGUUACAUUUCACAUGGAAUUUGGACUUACAUUUUAGAAGUAAUUUAGGAUCUAACCAUGAGAAAAGUACCCGUGGUCGAGAUCUUUAUUCUGCAAACGGCGGGCAGCAAGUUGGACGGCCAGUUGGCUCUCAGGCCGGUGAAGAGAUUGGAGUGUAAACAUUGACAGUCUACUUGUGGUAUGGAAAUGUAUUUGAUGGAGGAGGUGUAGUGAAUCUCACACUGUCUGUUGGAAAUCAAAAUGAAGAUUGACUGUAAUGCAUCCUUUUCAAAGUGUAAGAUCUGCAUAAAUUAAGAAUCAUGUCAACGCCAAGGAAAUCUCUUACUCCGCAGUUUCAGCAAGCGGCGAGGAAAACAGGUACUGUAAAGCGGCCGAGGGUAGGGGCUUAUAACCCAGAGGAAGCGAGGGGGUAUAAACUAGCUGAAGGAAAGGAAUCUGUUGAAAAUGACAUGAAACUGAAAGAACCACCCAAAACAAAAUCAAGAAGCAAAACUGAAGAGGUUCCGGAUAAACUCAUUGUUGGGAAUACUGAAAUAACAAUAUUGUCAACUGUUAAUAUUAGUCCAGUGAAAGAUGAAAGUGUUGGAAGUUCAGUCCUUCAAACAAUUACAGAAGAUAGCAAGACAGAAUGUUCUAUGGAGGAAGGUACAGGAGAUUCUACCAUGUCGACUGUGGAUACAACUGAGAUAUGUGAUGAGUCCAAAUUUGAAGACUCGUUAACACCCCUAAAAUAUAAAAGUAAGCCUUCAACAGAAUCAACCAGUACUUCUAAAGAAGAGGAACUGAGCUUUAGUUUGAGGGAAGAUAAACUGUAUAAUCCAACUCCAUCUAAAUCUGUGGCAAGUCCUCGAACACCAACCAUAACAUCUCAGGCUGAUGUCAAAUUUUUCCUCAACACAGAUGGAGAUGAGUUCAAGAGACCUGAGGGCACAGCCAGAGAUUUGACAUCCACCCCUGUAAGGAAAGAAGGUAUUUUGAAGACUGUCACCCCGAGGCAUAGUUUGUCUCGAGAAAAUGCAUUUGAUGAUGUUGAGGACAUGUCCAUUUCGUCAUCUGAUUUUUCUCCAUGUAGUACCUCCACAAGUUUUGAGAGGUAUCGUGGAGAAGAUUUCAGUGAUGAAGGAAGCAUAAGCGACAGCCGUUUACGUGAAAGUGCCGAGUUCAGUGACGACACGCAAGAAUUGCAUCUACCAGAGACACAUUUUCCUUUCAAUAAACAGUUACGCAUUGUUACGUCAGUUGACAGAGCUCUACAUCCAAGACGUCGAAGUUCAGCAUCUUCAGCUAAACCUGUGGGAAGAUCUUCAUCUGAAAAUUUUGACCAUGUUGCUUUCUUAGAAUUUAUGAAGAAAGUACAGCUGUCAUCCUUUGCACAGUAUUUUCCAGCAACAAUGACCUUAACUGAGUUCAGACUGCUGUCUGCUGAUGAUCUACAGGAGUACUACAACAUUGACGAUGUGCAGUGUCGCAAGCUGCUGAUGAGAGCUGUGGAGAGGGCGAGAGAGGAGGAAGAGAGUGAUGAGGGACUUAAGUAUGUAGGACCCCGGAGGCAUUCUGAUUUCGGCCCCCUUGCCUCGCCGUCCCCGCUGCCGUCGCCGUUACUGAAGAAGUGUCGCGAUGACCUGCCAUUCAGCAUCCCUGGCAGCCUCCGGCGACUGCAGCGCACUUUGUCCGAAGAUGCCAAACAACGGCGCCGAGAGAGCAUGCCCUCAACACCAACUGGAACCCAGCCUAUAUCCCACAUGGGUCAUAGUGUGGGAGCCUUGAUUGAACCAACCAACCUAUUGCGGAUGAGGAAUACUAUCCUAGGACAGUCUGCUCCUUCCCUCUGUGCAAGUGUGAAGGAGCUGAGUGUGACAAGAAGAGGAAGUCGUAAGAAGACUGUCCAUGGAUCCACUACCUCGCCCACCUUACCUCAGAGAUGUCCCUCACCACAGAUACUUGGAAGCCCACAUGAAAGCCCACGAAACCUGUCACCGAAUCAGCACGCAAAUUUUGCGUUUCAAGCCAUCAAAAAGUGUGAUGGCCGUCGGUGGUCAUUUGCGUCUCUUCCAUCUUCUGGCUAUGGCACCAACACCCCGGGCAGCUCCAAUUACUCAUCACGGUACUCCUCUCAGGAGAAGCUGCACCAGCUGCCGUCACAGCCGACGGCAGAGGAGUUGCGUCUUCUCUCACGACACUUUGGGAGUUCGGAAAACAAUGCUGCUGCGGCCAGCAUCGCAUCAGCGACGGUGGAGGAUGACGGAAGGUGCUCUCCCCUGAUGCGGCCAAGGUCAAGGAGCUUGAGCCUAUCCUGGCUUGCUCUAGAUAGUCCAGCUCGAUCCCCCGGUGGCGACUCUGAGAUCAUCAUCAUGAACAGCGUGUACAAGGAACGAUUUCCUAAGGCGACAGCUCAGAUGGAAGAUCGUCUGAAGACGUUUGUUCGAGACAGUAGUAAGCUAAGUGAGGACAAGGAGAAGGAUGCUGUGCUGUGCUUCGUCCACCAUCAGGUGCUGGAGCUGGCUCGGGACUGCCUUGAGAAGUCACAGCAGAAGCUCAUCACCACCAACUACUUCUAUGAGCUCUCUGACAGUCUCGAGAAACUGGCCAACGAUGCAAAGGACAAGUCGGUUGAAGCCUACACACAUGUUUACCCCCUCAUUAAACAGCUUCUCAUCAUCAUCUCCAGACCCGCAAGGCUCUUGGAGUGUCUGGAGUUUGAUCCGGAGGAGUUCUACAUGCUGCUGGAAGCUGCUGAGGGAGAAGCUAAACAGACCAUCAAGGCAGACAUCCCACAAUACAUCAUCACUAAACUUGGGCUCAACAGAGACCCUCUGGAAGGUAUGGGAAACUAUAGAACAUGGCUGGAGGAAGAUGAAGACCCUGAGAGUAAAGAGAUUCAGAAGCUGAUGAAACAAAAGCCUCCAUGUGAAGAAGACUUUGAGACAAUCAAACUCAUCAGUAAUGGUGCUUAUGCGGCUGUGUUUUUGGUGCGUCACCGAGAGAACAGGCAGAGGUUUGCCAUGAAGAAGAUCUGCAAACACAAUCUGAUGCUGAGGAACCAGAUUGAACAGGUGUUCCUGGAGAGAGACAUCUUGUCCUUCACAGACAAUCCCUUCGUUGUCAGCAUGUACUGCAGUUUUGAGACAAAGAAACACUUGUGUAUGGUGAUGGAGUAUGUUGAAGGAGGGGACUGUGCUACUCUGCUCAAGAACGUAGGUUCUCUCCCACUCGACCUGGCCAGGAUGUAUUUCGCCGAGACAGUGUUAGCCCUGGAGUACCUACACAGCUAUGGCAUCGUACACAGAGACCUCAAACCUGACAACCUACUUAUAAACGCUACUGGACAUGUUAAACUGACAGACUUUGGUCUUUCCAAGAUUGGUCUCAUGAGCUUGACCACCAACUUAUACGAAGGGGCUAUGGACAAGGACUACAAACAGUUCAAGGACAAGCAGGUGUAUGGUACACCUGAAUACAUUGCACCUGAGGUCAUCCUCCGACAGGGAUAUGGCAAGUGUGUGGACUGGUGGUCCAUGGGGAUUAUCCUGUAUGAGUUUCUCGUGGGAUGUGUGCCAUUUUUCGGAGACACUACGGAGGAACUUUUUGCCCAAGUUAUUCACGAGGAGAUUGAGUGGCCGUCAGAGGAUGAGUGGCAGGGUCGGGAUGAUGCCAAGGACCUGAUCACCCGUCUGCUGACCAACAACCCAGUAGCCAGACUCGGAACCACAGGAGCACAGGAGGUCAAGGAGCAUGUCUUUUUCAUGGGGCUGAACUGGGAGAGCCUGCUGCGACAGAAGGCGGAGUUUGUGCCCCAGCUGGACGAUGAUGAGGACACUAGUUACUUCGACACUCGUACUGACCGGUACAACCACGAGCUGGAGGCCGAGGACACCGAGGACGAUGCUGAUGACCCCCUCUUCCACAGCUUCUCUUCCUGCAGCCCCCGCUACAACAAGGUGUACUCCAAGAUAGAUGAACUUCAUGAGGUACUUAGAGUCAAGGAUCCUAAUGAGAGAGACAGGCGUCGCCACUCCAGCGCUGAUGACUUCCGGACACGAGUGUUGGAGAAGAAGAGGGCUGGAGAGGAAGGACUCCAAUCAGUCCGAGAGCUCUGCACCCCUCGUUCUCGUGACAACACCAGCAUCUCAGAUUCCUCCCAGACAGACAGUGACUCAUGCGGCUCCCCACUCAUCACAAGGUCAAAGCCUUCAAUCAAAAACAUCAUACCCCGACUUGCCAUCUCCUCAGAAGAGGAGAGGUCAUGUGGCUCCAAAGAGCUGUCCCCGGUGGAUGAGGCGAAGGAAAAGGUGGAGGACGUUGAGAGGAAGAAGCCAGCAGCAGGGACAGGGUCGGCAACGGAGAAGUGUGGCAUGCAGAAGUCAGCAUCCGCAACAGCACUCACCCUGCUCAUACACUCAGGAGACUUCAGCAUUCCAACGUCAGUUGCCUCCCCUGGAGGGUCAGGAUCCAGCACCAGCUCUCGUGAUGGCUCCCACCGUGACUCCUCCCCCAUAGCGCGCAGCCUCAAGCCACCGGUCGUCGUCAAAAGGGGUGCUCGUGGAUUUGGGUUUAACUUCCAGUCUAUCCGUGUGUACAUCGGCAGUACUGAUGUCUACACCAUUCAACACAUCGUCACGGAUGUGAUCAUCAACAGUCCAGCUUUUGAGGCAGGACUCCGGCCCGGUGACUUGAUCACCCACAUCAACGACACUCUAGUGGAGAACCUGUUCCACACUCAGGUGGUGCAGCUCAUGAGCAGCGGCAAUGUCUUCUACAUCCGCAGCACACCCAUCGAGAACACAUCCAUCAGAACCGGUGCUCGAAAGAAGGGGUCGCAUCCAGGAAAGAUGGCGAGAAGAUCGUUGAAGAAGAGACAGCGAGACAAGGGCGAUAAGAAGAAGACCGGGAGGUCGCUCCUGAGACGACUCAGCUCCAAGAAAGCAGAAGGUCACAUGGUUCAUCCUGGUUCGCCAGGAACACCAUCCCGGGCUCUCGGAGGAUUCCGAGCUCAUUCAUCCAGUGAAUGCACCCCUCCUCCCAAGUCGGGGCGAUCGCCUCCACUCACAAUUCCCUGGACUCCAGACACUUCAGCCAAUAUGAGCUCCAAUAGUAGCUCCCCUGGCUCCAGUGCUCCAAACUCCCCGGCCAACACUGCUCACUUUGGCCGACCCAGCUCCCUUCAUGUUGUCAACAAGCAUAAGAAGUCACAGAGCCUCAAAUCUCCUCACAGGAGAAAGUCAGUUCAUAAUAUUCCCCUCUCACCCCUUGCUCGCACCCCCUCCCCUUCCCCCCUUGCCUCCUCCCCAGCACGCAGCCCCUCCCCCCUAGCAUGUGUUCAUGGCCACCAGGUGGGAAGCUCAAACAUGCCUCAGCAGACCAUCCCCUCCUACCUGAACCCCACAAGCGGAGGGCAGCCCUCCACCCCGACCAUGAAGAAAACCCUGACCCGGCCGAAGAGCUGUGAGCCUAGUUCCCCGUUACUGAGGAGGGCGUUGUCCCCUGACAGGCUGCACCCAAGUUCUGCUGAAAAACUGCCCGUCCAGAGGAAAGCUUCCCUUCAGGAGAGGAAAAACACUCUAGAUUUGUAAUCUAUUUUACUGUUAACUAGUAUGUUGUUUCAAAGGUGCUUAUUAACUGUGGUUAACUGUGGUGGUACAUUCGCGAGAGACUGUGUAUUAUUCCAAUAUUUUCAACAUGGAGUGUAUUCUACUGUCCGAAACCAAACCAAACCACAAGCUUGUCGCAGCCGCUGUUCAUAUGAAGUGCUGGGAGUUCUUAAGAGGAUUGGAGACACGACCAUGUCGGCAUGGUCCAGACAUGACCAUGAUGGCAUGGUCCUGCUUGUACAGUGGAGAUAUAUUUUGUAUAAGGUGUAUAUAAUCUGAAGGCAAAGACCUCGAGGAGUCCCCCUUGACUGGAUGGGACUGGGUAUUGGAUGCAAUGAUGUGCUGGACACUCAACUUCUGCAAGUGCUUGAGAUGUAAAUUAUUUUCUUCUCGAAGGAUUGUCACUGUGGCCAAACAUUCCAAAAGAGUCUUUAGAAUUAUAUCCUGCAGGUCUUUGCUCAUGUGAAUUGGUCGACCAUUUUGAAGACGCUUUGAAGGAAUAUCAACGUUCUUGUGUAGAAGCAGGUGUUGACCUUGACAAAUCAAAUGUGAUAGUCCAGUGCUGGAUAGGAUUUUUUAACAGAUCGAGCGGGAAUAGAAACUGAAUGUGUGUAUUGCUUGGACUUCCUGUACAAGCUGACGUAGUUGACAUUAUCUUGAUCUCAGUGGCGUAUGUGCAUCGGACAUUUUCAUUGGUCAGCUUGCCAUCAUACGGAGUAACGUUGUCUGUGAUUGGUCAGCAAGGUAUCUAUAUCAUGUUGUCUCAUUCAAAUGCUAACAACAAGCAUAUUUAGUAAUUAAAAUGUUUUUUGACAGUGAGUUUCCAUUGCAAGAAAAUAUGAUUUAAGUUAACUGGUAGCACUGUUUUAAAUGAUAUUUGUGUCCUCACUUUUUAGCAGAAUAACAUUUGUUGAAGAGAAUUUAGAGUGAUUUUGUUAAUGCUGAAUCGGCUAUUUUAAUUAACAUCAUGUAGACAGAAAAAUGUUGAUAGAUGAAAAAUUUGAAAUCGUUCAUAUUAAUAGGUAUUCUUGUUUCUUCAGCUCCUUUAUGUACACUGCUUCAAUCUCCCUGUCUCACUUAAUCCAUAAUUGUAUACUUUGUAAAUCUGCUGUUCAUAAUCUACGUACCGUUUGAUUGGCUUGCAGCUGAAGAAAAGCACAAAUUAAGUCAUAAUUGUUUGAUAUGCGUAAUAUGAUAAGGCUGCCAUGAAAUGUUACAACAUUUCUCGAACUGUAUACAUACUGUGAAUAUUGUAAAUCCUUUGUAAAGUGCUUGUAAGUAUGUCAUUUGUAUAGAAAACAUUACACCACUUGGCUUUGA